AUGUCACCUCCUCUUCCGCAAUCCGCUGUGUCCAAUCCCAGGUCGAUCUCUCUCUUGCGUGCCCUCCUCCGUGAAGCCUCGUACCUGCCGGAUUCUCGCGCCCGCAGCUACUUCCGCCGCUACAUCGUCAACCGCUUCAAGGCCUACCAGCCAUCUCGCAAUGCCGCGCCUGCAGUGCGAGCCCAAGAGCUUGCCGGCCGCUACCCCAGGGCGUUCAAUAGGCGGUAUAUAUCCAUAAUCGAGCAUCGCACGCGGGCAACCCAGCGCAAGGCGCAGAAAGGCCUCAACUACCUGCGACGCGCGAACCAGGGCGAGCUGCCAUGUUUAAUGAAAAUUCUGCUGUUCACGUAUGGACGCAUGGGAAAGAGAAGAUAUGCUCUUCUGCAAAAGCUCCUGGAGCCGGAGGCGGUGCUAGGCGAGGAUGGCGUAGUUGCCCCAGAGGGUCCAUCGCCCUUGCAGGCUCUCUACCACAGCAAAGAGCGCUUCCUCCGCUUCUUCGCUGCACCGCAGAAAAAAUCUGACUCGCAGAUAUCCAUUGAUCUCUCUGAUGGCUAUUCAAAACUAAAGGCUGUCGUCAAAAGCCAGAAAAGCCUGGCCAUUUCGCUAGGGCGAAACAUCAAGACAGCCAGAGUCGAAGCACCAAGCAAGAACGCUUGGGAGCGGCCUAUGCCCAUCAAAAGAGCCCGUAACAUCGUGAGGAAGUGGUACAUAGACACCAUGAGCAAGCUGCUCCCACCACUGUCCCAUGCCGAGUGGGAUAUGCUACAUGAGCUAUCGAGAGGAAACAAAUGGAUAGACUUCGUGCCCCGCAGAACCCCCGCGGUGGAGCUAGACCCUCAACCCCAAGAGGAUGGAGCUCGCUCGAUGGCCAUCAUCGAAAUAGGUCUCGCGCUAGACAAGCCCAGCAAGGCCGACAAACCCGGAGGAAAAAACCGCCCACACAACAUUACUCCGCGCAUGAUGAGGCGUCUCUACGGAAAGAUCUUUGCCCUGAGUUGUAAACUCGAAUAUGACGCUGAGCGGAGCAGGUGGAAGGCCAUAUGGGGCUCGCUGAGGGACAUCAGCCCAAGGAUAUAUGGAGCUCCAGUGGACGCAGUGCUGUUUGCGGGAGUCGAUCAAUCGGGACGGGUU